GUUGAUUGCCACAACUCUCCAUUCUUUCAUAACAUUCAAAUUGUUUUCCUCCACUGAAGAUAAUGUGGUAUUAGGCGGCAAGAGCAACAACCAGGAAUAAUGGGAUGCCCAACUCGUCUCUCACUGGACCUCGAACGAUUAUUCACAAAAGUGAUGAAAUGGCGCAGCAAAAAACGGUUCGUGAAUGCAAGGUCCUCAUCCGCAAAAUUCAUCAAUCGGUAUGCCGAAUGACUGGUGAAGAUGUCGACAACGUUCAAACCGAAAUUGCUUCCACCCUACCAUUAAAUACGCUUGCUGCAGCUUUGGAAAUGGACGAAAAAUUGAAAUGCGACGAAUUUGCUGCUACAACGAAACAAUUCGUUUUGAGGAUAAAAGGUACUUCAGAUAGUGUACAUGAUGUGUUGCGAAGUCUGUACACUGAUGAACUUCUUUAUUUAUGUAACUGGGACGGUAGAGGUGGGAAGCAACCUCUCUCCAAAUUCCUGCUGGUUUCCAACAUUUUAUACGAUUCAUUCAUAACGUAUGGAUUGGCAAUGUUCAAAAAACAAGUUCGAAAAGCCAUUGAAAUGAGCCACCAUAGGCACAAACAAAGAAUUUAUAGGAAGAGGAAAACUGAGGAGUGAACCCUUUAAAUAUUUAAUAAAAAGUUAUAUGUAUUUCUGAUAUUAU